AUGUCGGCAUCACAUAGGGGUGCGAGGGAGUUAGGUGGCCCUGUGUUGUUGUUACAGAUUUGGGCAUGGGAGCACAUACACAUUGGCAGACCUCGGAUUUCGAGGGUGCGGGACCCACCUCCACAGUUUGACGAGGCCGUUCCUAUUUUAGGCUCCCAGCAUGUUCCGGGGAUUGACCCCUUAGCUGUCAGUUGGCUUCGAGUACACAUCAGUAGGUCCCACACAGCAGGUGGGCUUCCUUACUACAGGGAUGCACUUGACCAUCAGACGGACGAGCAGAUGACUUGGCAGCCAUAUACUGAUGCGAGACUGGCGUUUUACCUGCUAUAUGUCGAGCUGAUCGACAUGUAUGGCGCACAUGGCCCCACUUAUCUGUUUCGACAUUGUAGAGUUCCAUUUCCCUGGUCGAGUUAUGCGCCAGUUUGGAUUCGAGCAGACGAUUCCCGCACCUUCUGA